UUAGAGAGUAAUAAACAAAUGAUGUGACGCUGAACGAGAGCAGAUAUAAUAAUCACAUUGUUUGAAACAAAAACAUCGGAUCAGGACGGAAACACACAGCCUCUGAAAAAUGGACCCCACUCUGUAUUUCAUUCUUCUUCUCUCUGCUCUCUGCUCCGUAUCUGAAUGUGUUCAGCGUCAGUAUCACUUUAUAAAUGAGAGUAAGAGCUGGACUGAAGCUCAGAGAUACUGCAGAGAGAAAUAUACAGAUCUGGCCACCGUUGAUGACAUGAACGACAUGAACGAGAUGAAGAAGAGUCUGAAUGAUGGAGGUGUUCAGCUCAUCUGGAUUGGUCUGCAGAAGACGGGUCGUGAUGAAUGGAGGUGGUCUUCAGGUGAACCUGCUCUCUAUCUGAACUGGGCUCCUGGAAGACCUAAAGGCACAGAGGAUUGUGGUAUGAUGUUAAAAGGACAAUUUUAUGACUUGCCAUGCAGCACUCCCAGAUAUUUCAUCUGCAACCACACGAACACAGGACCUGUCUUCAUCAAUCAGACGAUGAACUGGAGAGAAGCUCAAAGUUACUGCAGACAGAAUCACAUUGAUCUGAUCAGUGUGAGGAACCAGGAGGAGAAUCAACAGGUUGAGCAGUUCAUUAGUGAUAAUAAUUUAUCUGGAUCAUAUAUCUGGAUCGGUCUGUUCAGAGACUCCUGGCAGUGGUCAGAUCAGAGUAACUCCUCAUUCAGAUACUGGAGAACUGGUCAACCUAAUAAUAUUGGAGGUCAUGAAGACUGUACAGCUGUUGAUCAGAAAUCUCAGGGACAAUGGAUUGACGACUCUUGUGACAAACAAUAUCCUUUUGUGUGUCAUGAAGAUAAACUGAUUGUGAUCAGAGAGAAUCUGACGUGGUCUGAAGCUCUGAGAUACUGCAGACAGAAUCAUGUGGAUCUGGUCUCGGUUCAUUCAGAAGAGAUUCAGCGUCGUGUGAAGAACGUGGUUAAACUGGCGUCUACUGCUGAGGUGUGGAUGGGUUUACACAACUACUGCGUCAUGAACAUGUGGCUCUGGCUGAGUGGAGAGAUCGUGUGUUAUCAGAACUGGGCUCCAGGGAACGGAACGACGCCAGAAAACUGCAGCCUCGAGAAAAGAAAAGGAGCAGUUCAGUCUGGAGGAGAUCAACGCUGGAUCAGUCUUCCCGAAAACACCAAACUCAACUUCAUCUGCAGCAGAUACUAAAACUGAAAGAUAGACAGACCUUUAUGUGAGAUAAUCAAUGCUGUGUGUUUGUUUCCUUAAUUUUUAUUCAUCACUUUGUAAAUUAAUAUUUUGAACUAGGGACAUGCACAGAUAUUUUGAGGGACAGGGGCUCAAGUGUAAAAAAACAUCACUUUUCUUACUUAUUGUAUUUUUUUGUUUGAAACAAAACGUUUAAUAUACGUGAUGUUGACCAAAAGAAAGUUGUUGAUAUUCAUAUUCUGUGUGGUAAUCAGUUCACAGUACUGAUGGAGAGUAAGUUAUAGGCAUUUUUACAUUUAUGAAGCCAAAAGCAUGCAUCAUCUUCUGUUGAGCUGUUACCAAAGCAAAUUAAAUCAAUACUGAAAAAAUAACAUUUUCAAUGCAGAGGAAACACAAAAGCUGCAUUAGAAGAAGCAUUUAGGUCAGGCUUUAAUGUUUUCCAGCUCCAUUCAGAGUUUGGCUUCAGAAAAAAUAAUCCUAAUCUAAAAAACCUUCACUGUAAAAAAUGUCCGUUAAAAUAACAGUGAAAUGCUGUAAAAUCACAACAUUAAAAUACUGUAAAUUGAAUUACAGUGAAACAUUGUAUACUUUACAGUGUAAUUUAGUGACAUGUUAAACUAAAUGUAACUGUAAAUUCAACAUCAAAAUGAUGUUUUUUAAACAUACUUUCUCUGUGUAAAAGACAUAUUGAUGUUAUUUUGACAAACAAACACUGUUUUUGCAAUACAAUGCAAUACAGUAUAAAUGGCAAUGAAAUUGUGUUAAAAUUACAAUUAAAUUCUGUAGACUUAAAUAAAAACAUGCAUGCUUUCCAAAAUGCUGUAAGAAAGACUGUCAUUUCAAAGUUGCCUAUUUAUUUAGCCUGUUAUUAUUUUAUGAAAGGUGAGCAGUAUUUGGAUUGUUUUAGCAAUGAUUUUAGGGGGAAUUUUCAAACAAAGCACCCUGGGUAAAUGAACACUGAAGAACGUUGGAGGACCAGUGCAAAGUGUCUCUGGUAAGUAGCCUAAAAUCGUUGAAAAUCUCUAUUUUUUUAUGCUUCUGCUUCAGUUCAGACAUCUUCAUUGUAUUCUUUGGUUAGACUCGUUGCCAAUGUGAGAUAACACGUU